CCGCCGCCGCCGCCUCGGCCAGGCUUCCUACGCGACGCCGCGGCCCGACUAGGCCUGACGAGGGGGCCGCCGUCGCCGGGCCUGCUGCUCUUCCGGCAGAUGGCGCCACGGGUGCCCUUCGGUCCCCGCCGCCUCGGCCUGGCCUUCAGCCUGGGCUUGGCGCUGCUGGAGCCGGCGCUAGCCGAACAGAGGCAGGCGACCGAGGCUUGCAAGGACAUCCAGACAAUAUUUAUCCAGAGGAAUAAACCCCAAAAAGAGUCUCUGGGCUUAUUCCGCCAGCAAGGCUUCAAACUGGAAGAGUACUCCAUUGGCCAACCCAUUGCCAAGGGCUGUAGUGCCGCUGUGUAUGAAGCAACCGUUCCAUUCGCCACCCAUCACAAAGCAAGCUUGGAGUCCCAGGCCAGACAUUCUGCUCCAGGUGGUGAUUCAGACAUCCAAGACACAUCAAAAGGAUCUUAUCAAGAAGGUUCCUGGAGAGCUGGCUUCCCGCUGGCCAUCAAGAUGAUGUGGAAUAUUUCGGCUGGGUCUUCAAGCGAAGGCAUCCUCAGCAACAUGUCCCAAGAGCUUGUUCCAGCCGCUGGCUCUGCCUUCUCGGGAGAAUUUGGAGCAAUCGCUUGCCCCAGGAAGCCUGUCUUUGGGAGGAAGAGGCUGAAACCUCACCCAAAUGUGAUCCAGGUGAUCCGAGCAUUCACAUCGCACGUCCCGCUGCUCCCUGGUGCCAUGGCGGACUAUCCGGAUGUGUUGCCCUCCACCCUGAAUCCCUCUGGAAUUGGGCACAGCCGCACGCUGUUCCUGGUGAUGAAGAACUAUCCAUGCACGCUCCGCCAGUACCUCCGCCAGAAGAGUCCCAGUCAUGAUCUGGGAGCCAUGAUGAUCCUGCAGUUGCUGGAAGGGGUGGACCAUCUUGUCCGGCACGGGGUGGCCCACAGGGAUUUGAAGUCCGACAACGUCCUCGUCGAGUUUGACUCCGCUGGAUGUCCUGGACUGGUCAUCACAGAUUUUGGCUGCUGUUUGGCUGACGAAAAGAUUGGCUUGAAGCUGCCUUUCACCAGCUGGUACGUGGAUCGUGGCGGCAACAGUUGCCUCAUGGCACCAGAGGUGGCGUCUGCAACCCCAGGCCCAGGCGUGGUGAUAGAUUACGCCAAGGCGGACGCGUGGGCAGUCGGAGCCAUCGCCUAUGAGAUUCUUGGCACCUGCAACCCUUUCUACAGCAAAGGAGGAGCAGCUCUGGAAAGCAGGCACUACAGAGAAGAGGACCUUCCACCCUUGCCGAAGGCUGUGCCCCAGCAAGUGAAGACACUGGUUCGGAUGCUGCUGCAGCGGGACCCCGCCAAGAGGCUCUCGGCCCGGGUGGCAGCCAACGUCCUCCACCUGAGCCUGUGGGGCAGCAGCAUGCCUGCUCUGAAGGACCCCCAAGCUGACAGGUUGGUCGCCUGGCUGCUGCACCAGUCUGCCGCUGCCUUGCUGCUGGACCGACGUGGAGGCGGGAGCAGGGUUGAGGCGAGGCUGAAGAGGUGCUUCUUGGCCAGCCUGGAAUACGAAGAGCUGCGUGAAGCAGCGGCUCUGCUCCGCGCUUGGACGAGUGCAGCGCCGGAGCAGGCCCGGCUGUGCUAGUGGCCGUGGCCUCACUUUUCUCAGAUAAUUCACUAACAGCGCCUGCCAGGCUAAGCUCCCCCCACCCCUGCCAGCCUAGACACACCUUAGGUAAGAAGCACUUUCCAAAAUGUGGGACCUGCAGGUGCAAAGGUGAUCGCGUUUGAGUUGGCUGGAAAAAUCCUCAGUGUGCUCACUAUGUUCAUCCUCCAAGGACACCUGGGUUGCUUUUGUCCCCUGGUGCUGCCUUCAGACUGGAGAGUCGCUGCAGCUGCCCUCCUCCUUCCCAGGAAGGAAGUUCUCUGUACCUGGAGGUGCCCUGCUGCACAAGGUGGAGAAUAUAAACCUUUGCAGCCCCCCCCCCCCCCCUUUCCUCAUUCAAAAAGAAUUAGUGGCGAAACAGAGCUGUUUGUUUCUUCUCUGCUCAGGCAUCUGCCAGCGUUUUCCUGCAGAGCCUCCAUGGCACAUGGGGUGCCCCCUGCAGCCAGUACCACCUUCUGGGUUUGAAUAUUUUAAAUAUAUGUAAUGUUUAAACGAGGAGUCUCGAUUCCCCAGGCACCAAAACAGUCCUUGGGCAUGCCCCUGGGAAGGGCUCCGAAGCCAGCUCAUGGGUGGGUGUGGCAUUCCUUUACAGAUGGUUGGUGGGGGUCCCUGCCUCCGAUAUGGAAUGGGGCCUUUCCCAGCAAGCACAGCUCCUUGCUCUCGCUCUCGCUCUCGCUCUCGCGGGGCUGUAGCAGAAGUGCAGGCUGAAAAAUCUCCCCUGGGGUUCCGGAGCCCUCCUCGCCCUCUGCGGGUGGCAUCCAUUUUGGCGGAUGUUGACCCGCCUACUCAUGAGCAGGGCAUCCGGUCUGCCCAUGUAUCAGGACUCCUCCUGCUGUUGUACGUGUGAAUUCUGUUCACAACGGAACAGUGUCAGAAGGUCUGGAAGCUACGUGGGGUGUGAUCCUUCCUCCCCUUUCCAGAAACGACUGUUUGGUCCAUGUGCGCGCGCACACUCGACACAGUUUAAGGCCACUUUUGAUUCGAGUGUAUUUAACAGGCUGCUCCACACAGUUGAAGUCUGAUGAGCAGCCACGGAGUUCUCUGAGGCUGCCUUUCCACACUAAGGCUGAAAAGGGGCGGGAGGCCAGCAGCCUGUUACGGAAGGGGCUUGUCACAUCACAUCCCAAGAACAUUGCACUUCUCUGUUGGAGGUGAUGGAUUAUUUCCUCUUUAGGAUGAUGCUGAGGAGGAAGAAAGUGGAAAGAGGCAGGGAGCUCUGUCCUGAGAGAAAUUGUCGAGCUCAAGGUACAGUCCUAGGGAAGUUCAGAUGGGAUGAAGGCCUGCAGCUGAAGGCUGGGCCAUACCUGGAGUUGUAGGUCUUCUCUCUCAAGCGUGCACGGCGUGGCACCGUAGGUGUGCCCUCCCUCAUUCUGGAGAGUAAGAAAAUGUUAAUGUUCUACAGAAGAGUUGUUUUGGAGCAGGCUUAAUUACUUUUGUUAGACUUUGUAGCUGUGAGCAGUGAGGUGUUUCUUGGGUAAACUCUUUCCCCUUUUGGUGCAAUAAAAUGUGUAUUGCUUAGAA